UUUGGACUUCCGGUUCACAGCCGGAAAAAGCUGAAAACAACAGUCGAAAGAUACCUGCGUACAUCUGCAGUUUACAGAAAUUUAAUCCUAUUUCCAGUCGUUUAAUCCGCACAGACCCAAACUGUCAACAUGUUUUCUUUCCAGGUGUUUGAUCACACAAUACCCCGGGGCUUUCAGAACCGCUUCUCCACUCAGUACCGAUGUUACUCGGUGUCGAUGCUGGCUGGCCCCAACGACCGUUCCGACGUGGAGAAAGGAGGCAAAAUAAUAAUGCCGCCUUCAGCCCUUGACCAGCUCAGCAGGCUUAACAUAACUUAUCCAAUGCUGUUCAAAUUGACGAACAAGAACUCGGACAGAAUGACACACUGCGGUGUCCUGGAGUUUGUGGCAGAUGAGGGAAUCUGCUACCUGCCACACUGGAUGAUGCAGAAUCUGCUGCUGGAGGAAGGUGGUCUGGUCCAAGUGGAAAGCGUCAACCUUAUGGUGGCCACUUACUCCAAGUUUCAGCCUCAGAGUCCAGACUUCCUGGACAUCACGAACCCCAAAGCUGUAUUGGAAAAUGCUCUGAGAAACUUUGCGUGCUUGACCACUGGUGAUGUCAUCGCGAUCAACUACAAUGAAAAGAUUUAUGAGCUGAGAGUGAUGGAGACCAAGCCAGAUAAAGCAGUGUCCAUCAUCGAGUGUGACAUGAAUGUGGAUUUUGAUGCUCCGUUGGGUUAUAAGGAGCCUGAACGACGACCUCAGUAUCAUGAGGAACCAGCAGAGGAAGAAGCCGAUCCCAGCAGCUACGCUGACAUGGACACAGGAUUCAGAGCAUUUACCGGCUCUGGAAAUCGUUUGGACGGCAAAACAAAAGGAAUUGAACCGAGCCCGGCCCCUCUCACUGCAAGUGACAUCAAAAGAGGAAUUCCCAACUACGACUUUAAAGUUGGCAAGAUUACCUUCAUCCGAAACUCCAGGCCUCAGCCCAGGAAAAUUUUGGACGAUGACGAUGCCAUGAACCGAUUUAUUGCCUUCUCAGGACAAGGACAAUCACUACGCAAGAAGGGCCAUAAGCCUUGAACAACAAAGGAUGGAAAGUCGUGCUCUGGUGUACUUAUCUACCAAAUCUUUUGUUAUCCUCAGCAGCAAAUUAAAGAGAAGUGUUCUUCAACUGCGUUGAAAUUUUUGGCUCUUGGUCCCUUUGAAACUGGACUUUUGCUGUUGACUUUGUUUAUAGUUUGUAAUAAAACCUCCGACUGUAGUAUUUUUCUUAAAUGAAUUGGAGGGUGGCUAUUUCACAUUUAAAAUUAUUGUGCUGAUAAAAUCAGAUUUAAAUUACUUCUGACCUUUCCACAGUUGUCCCUCUCAUGCUAUUCAGCUAAAAAAUGCUGUCAUCCUGAAUGCCGUUGUUAUGACGAAAUGGAGCUACAUUUGCUUUAUUAUGUUUUAAGUUUUUUCUGAGUUACAUUGAUAAUUUGAGUUUUUGCUUUUACUUUGCUUAUUUAAAGACAAAUAAAGGACUGUCUUGA